ACGACAAUCAAAAACGAAUUCCUUUGACAAUACGUGGCGCUUUAUUUUGCGAACAAACAAAUGGGGGGAAUGAAUUGCAAUCUUUCGAAAUUAAUGUAAAAGAAAAUAGUUUUCAAAAUUAAAAAUAAUGACAAUUUAAUGAAAUGUAUAAGUUUGGGGUUAACAAACGUUAAAUUUUAUAAUAAUUGACAUCGAAAAAAAUCAUUUUUAUUCGUUUAGAGGUCAAUAAACAAUUUUGUAAAAAUCGCCCGAGUCUAUCUAUAAUGCUUUUGUUUAGUUGAAAAUCUUUCAGAUAAUGGCCUCGAGUUCACAACCAAAACAUUUUAAAUCUCUUAUUGAAAAAUUUUGUGCCAUAACAGGUGCUGAUGAAAAUGCAGCAAAGAAUUUGCUGGAAAUUUGUAAUGGUAAUUUAGAAGUUGCUAUAAAUAUGCAUUGUGAUUAUGGAAGUGAAACUGUUCAAAAUCCUUCCAGAGGUUCUUCGUCAAAAGAUGGGGAAGAUGUAAGACCACCCAUACCACCUACAAGAGGAGUUUUAGUUGAUACAUUACCUUUUGGUCCAAGAGGGCGGCAGCAAUCAUCUCAAUCAAUUUUUGAUGGUUUUCGUGAUUUUCAAGCUGAAGCAAAAUGGCAAGAAGAGAAUCUUUCUUUGGUAGGAACCAAACUUUCCAAGAAGAGAAAAACUUUAGAAGAUUUGUUCCGUCCACCUCUUGAUCUAAUGCAUAGAGGUUCUCUGGAAUCAGCAAGAGAACUUGGACGAACUACCAAUCGAUGGCUUAUGGUGAACAUACAAAAUGUCCAAGAAUUUGCCUGCCAGGUAUUAAAUAGAGAUGUUUGGAGUAAUGCUGCAGUGAAGAGUAUUAUUUCAGAACAUUUUGUAUUUUGGCAAGUUUAUUGUGAAAGUGAAGAUGGUCAGAGGUAUAUACAGUUUUAUAAUGUCACUGAAUAUCCUUACAUUGCAAUUUUAGAUCCUAGAACUGGUGAAAAGCUUGUUGUAUGGAACAAUAUUGACUCUGUUUCGUUUUGUGAUUUAGUUACUGAAUUCCUUAGUCACCAACCCUCUCCUGAUGGUACAAGUUCAAAUAAAAAAUUAAAAGUGGAAAGUAUUGUAGAUAAGAGUGAAGAACAACAACUUAAAGCUGCAAUAGAAGCUUCUUUAAAUGAAACAGUUUCAAAAUUAUCUGGAAAAGGAUCAGAUUUAUCAGAUGAUGAUGAUACUGAUGUAGAAACAUUUGAAUCUGAUUCUGAAAGUAGUCUACCAAAUAAUCACGAUUCCAAAAAUAAACAUAUCAAAGAAAAUUCAAAGCAUUGUGAAAAUAAUGAAAAUGUUAAUGAUAAAUCAGCUUCUAACUGGAAAAUGUACUUAGGAAGUAAUGAAGAUCCAAAGUCAGAAUUGAUAAUACGUUUUCCCGAUGGUAGGCGUCAACACAUAACAUUUCCUUGUUCCUCUCAGUUACAGGCGCUACUGUUAUAUGCCGUAUCUUCCGGUUAUCCUGCCGAAACUUAUGAAUUAGUUACACAUUUUCCACGAAGAAGGCUCUGUACUCUCGACAAAGAGCAAACACUGAAAGAAGCAGGACUUUUUCCCAGGGAGACGAUAUUUAUCCAAUUAAAAAAUGAUUAGCCGAUUGAUUUAUUAUUAUUUUACCCACAAAUUAACAGCUUUUUACAGAUAAGAGAAACAAACUGUGCCAACAAAACAGUAAUACAUCCAGUUACAAUGAAAGACAGUAGUUGUUCAGUAUUAAAUUUAUUUUAUACUGA